GACGUGAUUCCUCCCAGGGAGCUGCUGGCAUUGCCGCAGUUCAAGGAGGGAGCAGCACUCGCGAGGUGAGCAGCACUCGCGAGGUGAGCAGCACUCACGAGUGGUAUGGGCCUCUUGCUUCCGCUUUCUCCCUUGUUCCCGUCACCAGUGCAACUCUGCAGUUUGCAGCUGCACUUCUAUCCAAUACAGCCUUCCAGCGCCAGGAGGCAGCACUGCUGGCGCUGAAUCCAGCUGCCACGUCACCGCUCAGCUCAGCACGCGUGGCAUUGCUGCAGUGGCUGCUUGCGGGAAUGGCCAACGAGGUGGGCAGCUGCAGUGCGGUGCAGUGA